UGGAAUCAACUCAAGACUGAGGGAGGCCAAUUUGAGCUUCCAUUUCGCAUCUCUCUCAGCCUCACCGUCGUCGCCUCCCUUAAUCUCUCAUGCUUAUGCUCAUGGCAGCCGACGUCUCCAUCCCCACGCCGCCUCUCUGCUCUCUGCUCUCCCUCCACACCUACUGAUUCUUCUUCCCCUUCCCUUCUCCGCUUUCCCUGCCUUGCAAAUCCGCCAAAGGACUUUUAGCUGAUCGAUGAAUUGCUGUUCAAGUGAAGCGGUUUUAAGUUCCAAAGUGGCGCUUCUGAAUUCACUCUUCUGUACUAUAGUAUUGCCAAAGGAGAAUUGCUCUAAUAAGAUGAACUGUACAAAAGGAGGGGGAUUUCCCCUUUUGUUUUGCGCAGUCAUUUGUCUCAUGGCCCAACAGGGGGCUUGCAAUGUGGUGCUAAUAGCGAAUAACACUACCUUGUCAUUUGAUGAUGUCGAGGCAACUUUUACUCCAGAAGUGAAAGAUUCAGGUGUAAAUGGUGCAAUUUACGCUGUGGAACCUCUGGAUGCAUGUAGUCCAUUGAGAAAGAAAGCAGCCAAUGGUCCUGUUUCACCAUUUGCACUGGUCAUACGAGGUGGUUGCCAAUUUGACGAUAAAGUUAGAAAUGCACAGAAUGCCGGAUUUAAGGCUGUGAUAGUAUAUGAUGAUGAAGACAGUGGUGUCCUGGUUUCAAUGGCUGGGAGCUCGUCCGGGAUCUACAUAUAUGCGGUAUUCCUCUCUAAGGCUUCAGGAGAGGUUUUGAAGAAAUAUUCAGGUCAAAGUGAUGUAGAGGUGUGGAUACUACCAGUAUAUGAAAACUCAGCUUGGUCUAUCAUGGCAAUUUCUUUCACAUCACUGCUUGCUAUGGCUGCUGUUCUAGCUACUUGUUUCUUUGUGAGGAGACACCAGAUAAGGCGGGACAGGGGAAGGAUUCCUGUAACCCGGGAAUUUCAUGGAAUGAGCAGUCAAUUGGUUAAAGCAAUGCCAAGUCUUAUUUUUACAAAAGUGCAAGAAGACAAUAGUACAUCAUCAUCUUGUGCCAUUUGCUUGGAAGACUACAGUUUUGGAGAAAAGCUAAGAGUGUUGCCUUGUCGUCACAAGUUCCAUGCGACUUGUGUGGACAUGUGGUUGACCUCGUGGAAGACAUUCUGCCCUGUGUGCAAGCGAGAUGCAAGUGCUGGAACCUCAAAACCCCCUGCAUCGGAGUCCACCCCUUUGCUUUCUUCUGUUAUUCAUCUGUCUGCUGAAUCAACAGCUUUGUCUUCUUUUCGGUCAACGGUGGCAGUAUCUCCCCCUAGGCCAAUAAGACGUCAUCCUUCAUCACAGUCCACAUCCCGCGCUUACUCCAUUUCCAGUGCCCCCCGCAAUUAUAACCUUCAAAGAUAUUACACUAACUCACCUUAUAUUAGUACGAGUAGAAGCAAUGUAGAUCUUGCAAAUAUGUCAUCACAAUGGUCUCACACUCCGCACCAAGCAUCCAUGCAUUCUCUAAGAAGUGGCCAUUUGUCUCUACCGAUCAACAUCAGGUAUACAAUACCACAUGUUUCUCGUUCUGACUAUGGAUCUGCCAGCCUGGGUUUAUCCCAUGAUUCCUGUUCUCACCAUGGAUCUCCGAGUUAUUAUCAUAGCUCUUUGGGCCAGCAACGUUCUUACCUGAUGCACCGCACCGAGUCAGGGCCAAGCCUGUCUACUAUGGUGCUCCAGUCGCCACAAUAGAGUCAGUAGCAGUACAAUGGCGAAUCAGGAGAAGUCUAUCAGCUGCGGUUUAACUCGAUCAUUACGUCAGGCCUAUGUACAGCAUUGUCUUGAUUCUGAUGGAAGCUUGUCUGCUGUGACAUCGGAUCAGUCGCUACCAAGAUGCUGAUUGAUCUUACGAAGUUCACUGUUUCAUGAGCAUUUGUGCAAGCCCCUGCUAGAUUUGUUCCUGGGAGAUGCAAAUAAAACAGAAAAAUCCUAUGCGACACAAAACUGGCAGGUUCAUGCAAAGUUAAUUCAUGGAACUAUUUCGUGCCAGCCACCAUUGUGAUUCAACAAGGUUACUUACAUUGUCUGUACGGAGGGGAAAUUGGUGAUCUUAAAUCGAAGAAAGACUUGCUGAGUUUUGCUGAAGAAGCAAAUAUCCAUCAGUCUACAAGGAAUGGUUUGACUUUGCGUAUUGUUUGAGGCUUGUAUUAUAGGUGAUGACUUUAGAGUUGGUGUAAUGGUGUGUUUCUUUUACAUUAGUUAUUUUGUCAUGCGUAUAAAUGUUACAGCUUAGCAAUAAUCUGUUAGUCGGUGAAUGUUUUGUA